AUACAUAUUUUGAAAAAAAAAAAUGAUUUCCUCCUAUCCAUAUCUUUUGCACCCACAGUCACGUUAUACAGCGCCAUUUGGUCUAAACAGAUGGAACGUCAACGCCGCUAACGCUACAUGCAGGUAAGAGAUAGUCCCAUAGUUUGCCAUAAAACUGAGAUUUAGAGCAAAACGCUAAAUUCAAUACCGAAUUGAUUGAAAUAGUUUUACUUUUAAUCAGAUUUCACAUCAAAAAAAUAAUUCAAAACUUAUUUGAAAUUGAAUAAAAAUGCAUACCAAUGACAUUGGACCAAGAGGAGAGCGAUCUGUGCAGUUUGUAUGUAGAUUAUGCUUAACGCAACGAGUGCGAUGUGAACCCCUAUUCGAAGAUCAAAACACUUCGAUGGUUGAGUUGAUUUGCGAUCUGACUUCGUUAAAGAUUGAACAUAUACCAAAUUCUCCCGCAUCGCUUUGCUCGGAGUGUAAAACAUGCCUUGAACAGUUUGAGUCUUUUCGAGCAAUGUGUUUGGCAAAUGAUAAAAUCUUUCGAGAUACUUACAUUCUGAACGAUAAACAGGAAAAGACGGUUGAGAUUUUGACUGUUACUGAAACCGGUGAGCAACAAACUGAAGAACAGGAAUAUUUAUAUACUACCAUAGACGAGAUUCAAGAUGAAGAGCUUCAAGACAAUCAAGGCACGUUGGUUGUAGAAAUAGAUAAACUAGACGAGUUAAAUAGCGAAACGGAUGAAUAUGAGAUUUAUUAUUCGAAUCCUUCUAAAGAAAUUCAGCUUAAAACAAAUCAAAGUUCUUCUGAAGAAGAGCAUCCGACUCAAUUGGAAUCAACGCCUCGAAACACCAAUGGAAGAAAACUUUGCAUGAUUUGUAAUAAAUACGUGAAUCGAUUAGCGCAGCAUCAACUCAUUCACAAGGAAAUUAGACCAUUCCAGUGCGAAUUCUGCUCGAAAGGAUUCAACCAGAUGAGCAACCUCAAAAAGCACAUCAGACUGCACACCAAAGAAAAGCCCUACCUUUGCAAUCAGUGUGACAAAGGAUUCACGAAUUCGACCGAGUUGAAAAUUCACGUCCGAAGUCACACACAGGAGAGGCCUUUCACCUGUGAGGAGUGCGGGAAAUCGUUCGUCACAUCGGGCCACUUGGCGCGCCAUUCCCGGUCGCACAGUGGACUGAAACCAUACGGGUGUGACGUUUGCAGUGCGAAAUUUUCAACUUCGAGCCAUUUGGUGCGCCACAAACGAAUUCACUCCAAGGAGCUACCCUAUCGGUGUGCCACGUGUGAUGGACGGUUUAUGAGGACUGAAUACUUGAGGGCGCACAAAUGUAAUCCGGCGGGGACGUAAUCGAAAAGUAUCAAGCAAAUCAUUUAAAUGUAUAUCUUUAAUAUAUAUUUUGAAGAAUAUG